GUCGUGUUGUUUAUGUUUUUCAUCAUUUGUGUGAUAUUUACGUUUUCUCUGACUUUUUGUAACUUCUUGUUUUUUCUGGGAGUUUAAAAUCUUGAGAUUAUAUCGAUGUUGAUAUCAAUGUUUUAGUCAGGAACGUUUUUUCUUGAUUGAUCAGAGCUCCUUUUUGUGUUUAACGUUAAUCACAUUACAAUCAUUGUUGGCGGUGUGUGAAUAUUCUAUGUUGUGUUGAGAUGUCCAUGAUGAUGGUGCAGGUGGAUGUGAUGUGCUGUAAAUCAGUAGGAACUGAUCUGUCUAUGCUGGAUAUUGAUGAUUUGAUGACAGAAAUCUGUCAGCUGAAGAAAGAGGUGAAGUUACUGGAGACAAAACUCAGAGAGAGAGACCAACUCAACAGAAAGGAUGUAUGUGGUGUUUCUCUCUGUGACUUCACUGAUCAAACAUCUCCAGAUCUUCUGCUUUCUGUCUGUAAUGAAGAGCAGAAGACAUCAGUGAAGCUGCUGGACUGUGAGAUGGAGCUGAAGACACAAAUCAAAGAAGAACAAACAGAUGAAGGUGAUGAGAUUUAUUCAGACCUAAUGAAGGUGAAAGAGGAAAGUUCAGAACCAAAUGAAACAGAGGAGAAACACCAUCAUCUCAUAACUGGAGAACAAUCUCUGAACUGCUUGAAGACUGAGAAGAAUAAAGACAAAAAUUCUCACAUGUGCCCUCAGUGUGGAAAGAUCUUCACAUAUAAAUCCAAUCUUAAUAGGCACAUGAAAGUUCACACUGGAGAACGCCCUUACAGAUGUGAUCAGUGUGGAUUGACCGUCAAUCGUGAAUCCAACCUCAAUAGGCACAUGAGAAUUCACACUGGAGAAAAAUCGUAUAAAUGUGAUCAGUGUGGAAAAAUCUUCGUUCGUAAAGACCAUCUUAAAGAGCACAUGAAGACUCACACUGGAGAAAAACUUCAUACAUGUCAUCAGUGUGGAAAGAUCUUCAAUCGUAAAGACCACCUUAAUGAGCACAUAAGAGUUCACACUGGAGAAAAACCUUACAGAUGUGAUCAGUGUGGAAAGAGUUUUAUGUGGGCAACAUCUUGGAAAGAUCAUCUUCUCUAUCAUUCUGGAGUGAGAUCAUUUCAGUGUGAACAGUGCAGUAAAGCGUUUAUUUCUGCAAAUAACCUGAACCAACACAUGAAGAUUCAUACAGGUGUGAAGCCUCAUGUCUGUUCCAUCUGUGGAAAGGCCUUCUUACACCUCUCCAAACUAAAAAACCACAAGAAGAAAACACACACAGGUGUGGGAUCUCAUAUGUGCUCUGAACAGAAAUCUCACCCAAGUUUUCGGAAAAAAAGGCGUCUUGAGAUUCACAUGAAGAAGUGUUGCAAAGUUCAUCCACAUGAAACUGUUCGGAUCAGAAGAUCCCUGAGAUCUUCAUCAGUAACCUGUUAAAAUUACUUGUUAAGUGUUUCCUUGUUGGACAAGUAAAACAUUCAAAGAACAUCAAUUAACAUUUCAGAAAAAACUUUUACUUCAGAAAUGGAAGUAUUUUAAACAGGGGUCAAUAAAGAAGAAGUUUUUGCAGUUUUGGGAUCUUGUGAAGUUAAAGUUUCCGUAUACUGAUGAUCAAAGUGUUUUGAAUAGAAACAGCUCAUCUGAUUCACAGUCUGGAAUUAAAGGUCCAGUCAGUAAAAUCUAGUGCUGAGGUUGUGAAUUGCUACCAUCAGCUCACAGCACCCCUCCUCCCUCUCUUUUGAAGCACUUCAGCGGCUGACACAACAUGAUGAAUUUAUGCAAGGGAACUGGCGGUGUAUGUAGAUAGAAAUAAAUCAUUCUAAAGUAAUAACAUUUACAUUAUUAAUUUAGCAGACACUUUUAUCCAAAGCGACUUUCAGGGAGCAAUAAGCGAUAUGUCAUACAGGAGCAAAAAUACAAUAGGUGCUAAUACAAAGUUACUAGUUUCAACAAAAGCUAGACCUCUACCAGUUGAGAGCAAGAGAGAGGGUUAGUUUUUUUUUCUCAUUUGUCUAUCAACUAUUCACACAAGAGAUGGGUUUUAAGUCCUUUUUUGAAUGUUGUGAGAAAUGUGGUUGACCAGACUGAGUUAGGAAGAAUUUUCCACCAGGAAGGAGUUAUGAAGGAGAAUGAGCGGGAAAACGAUUUACUGCCCUUAUGAGAAGGCAAUACAAGAAGCCGCUGGUUUGCUGAAUGCAGGGUUCUUGAUGGGGUUAAGGAGUUUAGGAGGGUGUGAAAGUAUUCCAUUGCAGAUCCAGUGAUAGUCCUAUAGAUAAGCAUUCGUUACUUGAAUCUGACACUGGCUUCAACCAGUAGCCAGUAGGGAUGCAACAAUACAGCUCACCCAUGGUUCAAUUCGGACCUCGGUUUAUGGCCCACAGUUUUCGGUUCGGUUCUUAUGGCUUCGUUACAUUAAAGUUUUUUUUUAUUGUUUUAUGCGUAUGUGACAGGAACAGUAAAAACUUUAUUUUAUUGAAAUUCUCUUUAUUUUAUUUGACUUAUUUUAUUAUCCAUCCAUCCAACCAUUUUCUUCCGCUUAUCCUGGGCCGGGUCGUGGGGGUAGCAGUCUAAGCAGGGAUGCCCAGACUUCCCUCUCCUUAGACACUUCCUCCAGCUCUUCCGGGGGGACACCGAGGCGUUCCCAGGCCAGCCGGGUAACAUAGUCCCUCCAGCGUGUCCUAGGUCUUCUCACGGUGGGACAUGCCCAGAACACCUUCCCGGGAAGACGUCCAGGGGGCAUCAGCUGGCCCCUCUCGAUGUGGAGGAGCUGCAGCUUUACUCUGAGCUCCUCCUGAGUGACCGAGCUUCUCACCCUAUCUCUAAGGGAUCAGGGGCAUUUGUGGCCUAAUGGUUAGAGAGCCAGACUCGUGACCAGAAGGUUGCUGGUUCGAUUCCCAGGGCCGGCGGGUAACGACUGAGGUGCACCUCACCCCUACUUGCUCCCCGGGCGCUGCAGUGAUAGCUCCACCUUAUCUGACUAAUAGGUCACUUUCACUUCACGUAAUCGCCUCCGGGAUCAUGAUCGAGGAGGAGGAGGAAAUUCCUUAGGCUGAUGGCAUUUUUUUUGCCUGGUUUUAUUUUUAACUUAUUGUUAAAAUGUAAAAUUCUUAUGUCCCCUUGUCUAAGUAUUAUUCUAAGGUUGAAGAGUCUAGUCGACGGAACACACAGAGCUUCAGGAUCGAUCCGGGAGACCAAGUAUAAAACCCAGACACAGGAGUGUAAUUCAAUCAGAGUCCCAAGUUUUCUUUUCCUUAGAAUUCCCAUAAAACAGAUCAGCUUCCUGUUUGAAUCUCUUUGUCUCUAGGCUGGUCCAUUCCAACAACACACCAGGUAUUAAACAUGUCAAGUCAUCUUAACUAUAAAUCUAACUUUAACAAUUUGAGCUAUGUUUUUAUAAAUCACAUUCUAGCAACAGAGAAAUUUUAACUGGUUUUAAUGUUUUUAUCUUAAGCCACAUAACUAAGCCCGUGCACUGACUCAGUAC